GUGCCCGUAGUUUUCUGAACUACAGGUAACGUACACUAGAUGGCGUGAGAGUUCCAUCGUCGGUUUUCCAGCGCGUUUGGUUGCCAUGACAGACGGAACGCAUGGAGUGCGGGUCUUCACUCAUUCGCAACAGCGAACAUAAUUUUGUAGGUUAGUUUCUCUGAAACAUCAAUGUAAUGUCGCCAUUUUUUAAAAGAAAAGCAUUAUGAACGACAACGGCACCGGUCAGUAGGCACAGAAGACUAUGAGCGAACUUCCAAAACGCUUCGUUUGUGCACUAAGAGAGGAUUUUAGGAAUGUGGAUUACAGCAAGUGGGAGCGGAGCAACAGAACUAAUGCCUCAAAAACAACUAAACCGAAGCCAGUACACUGGAGUUCAUUGCAUCCUGAUCAUAAAGGGGCCAAAGCAUCACAUGGGCCAAACACAGCAAGUGACAGGGAAACUAACGGAUCUCCUAAUGCAAUAAAACAGACCCAGCCUGAAAAAUCUGAAAGUUCUCGAGGAAACACUGAGGAUUCAUCUGCAGCAUCUGCUAGACUCUCUAGAUUCUCUGCAGCAUCCUCUAGACUCUCUAGAAGAAUAAAAUCUGACAGUGGGGAGCAAGAUUCAGCUCAGAUAAACACUAAUGUUAAAAAAAUGCAGAUACUGAUGAAGCUACAGAGAGGGUCUAUUGAAGAUCUGGAAAAGCACUGCAAAGUGCUUCAGGAAAUGAACCAGCAGGUGGCCAGAAACAUUGAGGACACAGACAGACGUGCUGUCUCGAUUGCAAGGGAAUUCCUCAUCCAGCACGAGAAGCUAGGGAAUUCAUUAACUGCCUUCAAUCGAUGGAACAACUGGCAGAUCAGCCAGGCCAAAGCUGAGCUGAAAGAUGCAGUGGAGGAGGGAGAGAAUCAUCUCUGUGGUCUUCAAGCACAAUUAAAGGCAGUGAAGGCCAAUCUGGUUAAUGCCCAAUCAGAGCUUCACACCCUGAAGACCUAUAAAGACAAAGAGUAUCCAGUGAAAGCCCUGCAGAUUGCUGAAAUGAAGAGAGAUCUGGAUAAGCUCAAGGAAGCACUGCAGGAUGAAUACGAGGAUGUGAAGCUCCUAUUUCAGAAAGAGAUGGUUCGUCUAGAGAGACAUCUCCAUCAGAAACAACAGGAAGUGCUGUUAGCCACUGCCAAAAAAAAAGUGUCUCACAUCCCUCCAGUUGUAAAACAGAUGGCUCUACACAACCACACGAUGAAAAAAGAGAUUGACAUGCACAAAAAGGAAAUAAUGCAACUGGAAGACAAGAACAGAAAACUACUAAAGAGUAUUCGGGAACUGCAGCUGUCAAGGCCAAACAUCAGCAGGGAGGUCUUUCGGGACGUUUUCCCAAAGUCAGAUAAGUGCACCCCAAAUAUGGAUUUUCACCUCAGUAUACAAAAAGAAGAACGGCUGCCUAUAUGACUGUCAAAGGGGGCAACCAGAUUCAACCUUAUGCUGAUUUAGUUUUACAGUUACAUUUUGUGAUGGCAGUAAUCUUACUAGAAGAAGCACAGCAAACCACUGCACUAUACAACACAAGUAAUUCAGUUUUUUUUAGUAAGUUUGCAUUUUCCUUGUUGCUUUCUCCUCAUUAUGUCUGUGGAAUAGGCUCAGUUUUACGCUGUAUCACAACUGUCGGAAAAUGUAAUAAAUCUUGUAUGACAUUUAAUCA